UUGCACUCUUCAAAGUGUAGGUGAUAAGAUGCAUACGGCAUGUCGCCCACGUGUUGGAGGGGGCGUGGGUUAGCUUCAUUCUCCUCAAUCAGCAGGGAUCGGCAUUGGUGGAGAGGAAGCAUGACGCAAUCGGGAAAUUGGACGUGCUAAAAGGGAGAAAUAUAUAUAUAUUAUAUAUAUGUAUAUAUAUAUAUUGGUUGCCGAUCGCUUCUUUUCACCUGCCAGCGGUGGGGUCUUACAAGGCUCAUUAUCGCUUGCAGGGAGCUAUGCACUGCCAUUCACAAUCAGACGCCUCCUGUGCAAAAAAAGAUGUAUGGGUUUCCAAUGGUUGCCAAAGGAUGAAGUAGAUCCCAGCGGAUCCAUUUUUUAAACUAAUAAUCAACUGCUAUUCCUUGAUGGUUAACUAAUAACCCAUUAAAAUUUAAAACACGAUUGAAUUUUACAUCAACAAAUCUUUAUGCUUUACUUAAUGUAGGUCAGCAUAAUGUAGUGAAGGUGGCAGUAAUGUAGAACAGUAAGAUGAAGCAUGUUUGACAAUCUACAGCAUUCAGAAUGUAGAUUUUAAAGAGUGAACAGAUCAUUACACUUCCUGUGACCAUGGAAGUGAUUGGAACACCUGAAUUCAAUGAUUUGGAUAGUAACUCCACAAAACCCAUCACUCUGCUGUACUCAAAAUAUGGCUACUGUUUCAGCUUGGCGUAUUUGUGAGAUUAUAGAAAACAUGUCAUGGGCAUCAGCAUCAGCUCUCCCAUUCAAAAGCUCUUUUCUCUAACACUGCAGCCAGAAACAACUAGAAGUCUGCCAAUAACUGGCUUAUUUUUGUGUGGAUGGUCUGUACUCACACAGAGCAUUUGUACAGUGCUGACCUUGAACAUCCUGUGGCGUUCAGAGGCAAAGUGGCUGCAUCCAGCUUAAACCAGAAAACAAGGCCUGGCUUUCCAGCGUGGGUUUAACAAGAGACAAGAGACGAGCGUCAACACAGGUUACACAGAAGAUGAAGAUGAAAGUGAACUCUUCAUGAAUAAUUCCUUACAUGUUAACCAGGACAACGUAGUAAAGGUGGGACACAAACAGGUGGUUAAUAUGAUCCGUCACGGGGGAAAUCGUCUCAUUAUCAAAGUCGUGACAGUCAGCAGGAAUCUCGACCCUGAUGAUACAGCUCGAAAAAAAGCUCCGCUGCCUCCUCGGAGAGCUCCGUCCACUGCACUUUCCACACGCUCCAAAUCUAUGACAUCAGAACUGGAGGACUUGGCUACUUUGAGGAAAAAGAAAGAUAAAGUGGAGGAGGUCGUCCCUCCUCAGAAGCCUGUGUGGGACAGUUCGAGUGUGGAUGUGAGGGUGGCAGCUGUGAAACCACGCCCCACCAGCAGGUGCUUUGCUGUGGCCCCGGAGAUGAAUUCUUUGUGCAAUAGCCAGGAUGCAUCAGUGGACACCCCAGCAGUGAGUGCAGGUCCUAAAGCCCCUUACUUGGGUGUUCCAAAAGGAAGCAUACGGCGACAGACAUCUAUAGGUGUAACAGAAGAAGAAAAGCAGUUCCUCACUCCUCCCAUGUUAAAAUUUACAAGAAGCCUUUCAAUGCCUGAUACAUCAGAGGAUAUACCUCCACCACCCGCCAUUUCCCCUCCAUCACCUCCCCACAACAACGCCUCCACACCUGCUAGACAUGGUUAUGGCACAAUCAAACAAGGCUUCACCUCUCAAAGUCCUGCCACAAACAGCACACCUUCAGACAGAGGGGAGUCAAACCACGGUCCUGGUUGGCGAGACCAGGGCGUGUACUACAGAGAAAAUACGGAACACAACAACAACCCAACCGCCCAACAGAGCCUUCAUAAGCGCCGAGCCCAGAUCCCAGAAAACCCCUACUCAGACAUUGGCAAGAUGGGUAACUCUGCCCUUUUUGUUCCAAACAAGCCUUCAAGGAGGAAAGGCAUGCUGGUAAAGCAGUCCAAUGUUGAGGAUAGCCCAGAGAAGACUUGUUCCAUCCCUAUCCCCACUAUCAUCAUUAAAGAGCCCUCUACCAGCAGCAGUGGCAAGAGCAGUCAGGGUAGCAGUAUGGAGAUUGAGACAUCAUCAUCAGAACACCCAGGUCAACUUCGGCCAGAGGACACCCUUAGCACAGGCAGCCCUUUUGUUGCGGCUUUGGCAAGUAAUACUGUCCGGGACAGGGAGAAGAGGCUGGAGCUGCACAGGAACUCCCCAUCUUUUAGAUCCACAGAUGCUGGUGACGUGGAUGUGGCUCCAACUCCUACCCCUCGUCUGCGACACUCAAAGUCUAUUGAUGAGGGCAUGUUUAGCAGUGAUGAGCGUCUGCGCAGGCUCAUGGCUCCCCCUUCUUCCUUGCUGAGCAUUCCACGAGGAGGGGGCAACAUCACAGACUUCAACAGCCCAGAACCCACCAUGGUACGGGAAUUGCUGAAUACUCGAACUGGACACAGUCCUGUCAGCCUUCCUGCUCAUAAGACUUACAGCUCAGGGAGUGGGAACUAUGUUCAUCCUGUCACUGGGAAGCCAUUGGAUCCAAAUUCCCCAUUAGCCUUAGCCUUAGCUGCCAGAGACAGGGCAAUGAGAGAGCAGUCGCAGCCUCUGCCUCUCAAAAGUGAGCUAUCCAAGCUGGACCUCAACAAGCCGCUCUUCAUCGAUACAAAGCUUCGAUCUAAUGUAGAUGUGAGUUUCUCCAGCACAGCCACCAUGGGUCGGCCGCGGGGAGCCCUGCGAAGACAGAUGACCGAGUCCAAGUAUGAGACUGAAUCUAAGUUUCAGCUUGACUUGGGUAAGCCUGAGAAAAGACCAGAGGAAAAGAAGAACAUGCUCAUCGACAUUGUGGACACCUCGCAGCAAAAAUCGGCAGGGCUGCUAAUGGUUCAUACCACAGAUGGGACAAAAGCAGAAGAGAACAGCCACUCAGAAGGAGAUCGGGAUGAAGAGAUCUGCCCUGACAGUACACCCGGGGAACUCCGUGAUCCCAAUCAGCCAGGUCCCGCUAACCCUAUACCCACUAGGACUUUGUCCACUGCUCCACCAAAGGCCAUGAUCUCUGUCAGUUCUGUAGACGAGCCUGUCAAACUUCCUUUUGGCAUUCCUCCACCACCCCUGGCCUCUGUCGACAUUGAUGAGGAGUUUGUGUUUGCCGAACCCUUGCCUCCUCCAUUAGAGUUUGCUAACAGUUUUGAUAUUCCUGAAGACCAAUCAGCGGCGCUCAGUGAGCUGCUGAAACAAAAAGCGAAUGGCAUAAGUGUUCCAUCACUUGCUCCCUACUACCCCCAUUUAACCACAAGCCACUCUGAGAUUAAGAGACCAACAGUCCUUACCAACUGCACGCCUCCUAGCUUCCCCACUGGGCCUCUCGAACCCUAUGAGCCCAUUAUUGACUCAGGCAUUGAAGUGGACGGCCGGAGCAGUGGUGACCCCCAACUGGAGACCACUAGCACAGUCUCCACUGUGUCCAGCAUCUCUACUUUAUCAUCUGAAGGAGGAGAAACCCUGGACACAUGUAUGGUCUAUGCAGAUGGACAGGCCUUUCUGGUGGACAGGACACAGGUUCUGCAGAAGCCCAAGGCCAAAUAUGCCAUCAACAAGAGCAAUGCACUUUACAAGGAUGCCUUAAACGAGGAGACCAUGGGCUCGUUUAGGGUGCCAUCUUCAAUCUCUCUACCACCUCCAGGAAGCGUCCCACCAGACCCUCAAAAAACACCAACGCAAAGAACCUCAAAGCUUUGGGGCGAACCUCUGGAUCUGAAAAGCCCUCAUGUUCCAGAGUCCAAGUCCCAAGCGUUGACUGAAAUCAACUCUGUCCUGCAACAUGUCAACAAAGACAAAGCACCAAAGCCAGGGGAAGCAAUAGAGUCGCCCACAGGAUGUAGAACCCACUUCGGAACAAGAACUUCAGAUGGUGUGUCCCUCAUCUCAGGAACCCAGCCGAACUCCGGUAUGUCCUUCACCAAUCAGCCCGGCCCAAAUGUCCCCGCUCCAUUGCCAUGCCGACAGACGGAAAGCCUGCAUCACCAUCGGCAUCCCUCCAGUUCCAGCAUCACAUCUCCUCCUCCGAUUUUAAGCUGCUCCUCCUCGUCCUCCUCUUUGCCCGCUGUAGGCUCGGGGUCCUCCGUGCAGGGUCGAAGCCGUUCGCCUUCACCGCUCUCGUUUCUACAGGCCUCCUCCAACAAGCCCUUCGCUUCUAAAGCGGUGAAUUCAUGGACCAAAGAGGACGUGGCCGAUUGGCUAGAGAGCCUAAACCUGGCCGAGCACAGAGGCGCCUUUCUGGAGAACGACAUCGAGGGCACGCAUCUGCCCAGCCUGCAGAAACAGGACUUGAUCGACCUGGGAGUGACGCGCGUCGGUCAUCGCAUGAAUAUCGAGCGUGCUCUCAAGAUGCUGCUCGACAGAUGAGACUGGGACGCCAUGUACAUUCUUUUGUUUGCGAGCUUUAUUUGUUCUUUGCUUUUUGGCUUCAUUCUUGUUUCCUUUUCUGGUUUGGAAUUUAAAAGAAGCCGUUAUGGAGAAAGAUUUGAAGACGUGCACAAAGCUGUUUGGUCACGAAAGUCAAAAUGCUGUCUACACACCAGAGCUCACUCAGUGGUCAGGUUUUACAGACUCAGGCCUUGCGUGGAAAAACUUGAAAACCAGCAGAGCUGGCCUUCUAUUUUGUAUCUUUGCUAAGAUGAAUUAUCCAGAGAAUACUUCUUCAGAAAACAAGGAAGGAUCAUCUGUGGAGCGAGUGCAUUUUUAAAAUCAUGCUAUUUUUUCUUCUUUUUCCUCUGAGGAUUUAAUGGGCUCAGAUGAGUGCAGUUGAUGCCAUGAUGUUUCUCAGUUCACAUGCUCACAAUGCUGGCAUCUUCAGCCUAAACACAUUGGGAUCAAAUUUUUCAUCUCUUUGUCUGAUUGCAGUAAAACACAAGGUUUAAAUCACUCAAGUCUUUCUGGAGUUUCAUAUCUACUGAUAAUGCGUGUCUUCCACAUUGUGAGCAGCAAUGCAAUUCAGUUGAGUUUCGGACUCCUACUAGACUUGACGGCUUUUCCUCGUUUUCUUAGUGUUUUCACUAUCACGCUUCACGAGUGCUUCAUUAAAGCAGAUUAGGGUAAAUUAUGAAGAUGAGAAGAGAGACGUUGGUGUGAGUACGCGUUCCUUCAAAAAUCACCAAACUUGUGUACAGCAAAACCAAAUGCACUGGGUGAAAUAAAUACAUCAUACAAACCAGA